AUGCAAAAACAGUAAGCUCUUGCUGUUGUACGCGCUCCUUCUGGAAUAACAAAAUAGCCAUUUAAAUCGAUUAACACUGUUAACUAAGCACCUCUAUAACGUGUCAACUCUGCUGGAUUUGUGAGUGGAAAUAGAUAGUCUAAUUAAUAUCAGAAACCUGCUACACCAUUCUACUACACCAAUAAUUAUAGGUUAGAUUGGAAGAAUUAUUUACGCUCAUUACCUAGUGUACCAAAAAUCAAAAUUUUAGCUCCAGGUACUGGUUAUGAUGCAAAAAUGAUUAAAUGA